GCGAUUUCUAUCAGAGAAGGAGGUCGACCCGAGCGAGCGGCGUUGAGUAUCAGACAGGCCAGAUCGAGAUGUCCGGUGGCGCGUACGAGACGGGCGUCUGACGGGCGUCUCCGUCUUGUUCUCUUGUCGCCGCCGUCCGCGCAGACUCUCACCGCCAAGUCCCGACUUUGCACAUCUUGCCGAGGGGCCAGUGCCUGACAGAAUAUCAAUAUCACCCGCCGUGCUGGCCAAGCAUGGCGCGCAACAUCAUGUCCACACCCACUCCGGUCUCAGCCCCUGCUCCCCAGGCCCCGGACAGCCCGCGCGAGUCCGAGUCCCCUCCGCCCCCGGGGCCGCAGGGCGACCUCGAGAUGGAGCUUCUCAACCUCGCGCAGAUGCUGUACAACCUCGGGACGACCGUGGUGAACGAUCUGACGAAGGAGAAGGACAAGCCUGGCAAUGGCAAGAACGUCGGUGCUCGAGUAAAUCACGUUAUCAAGUCGUUGGGAGUGCUUGAGGAGAUGUCAGAGACAAUCACGACGAUGGUGCCUAUGCAAGUGCUCGCGGACAUCGACAACUCGCGCAACCCGAUGCAGCUCACAAAAGACCGGCUCGAGAGAGCAGCGACAGAGAACCAGUUUAUGAACGGGAAAAUACAGGCUAUUGAAUCGUACAGGAAGAUGCUUGACGAGGCUCUGGUGCAGAAUUUCCCGGAGCUGGGAGAGCAUCUCAUGGGCUCUUCUUUGCAAACGGCCGCGGGCCCACAUUCUGUCAAGAUGGAGGAAGACGCGACGGCUGGGCCGAGCAACAACUUGAACGGGCAUCCGAACGGGGUUUAAUUGGGGACUGGCGCAGUCCAAUGCAAGCCCUCCACAUGACAAUUACGACAUUGGUUCGCGGCCCGAGGAUGGAGGAGGGGCGCUCUCAGGGGCGUUUCACAUCCUCGCAAUCCGUGAACGGGCCGGGUGCCAUCGCAACCAAUCGGUAUCCCCGCGGAUAAACUCGGCAUUGUGAACGCUUGACUAGAACGAGCGAGGACGACGGCACGUUCAGACCGGACAAGACUCGAGGGUUGGUGGAGUUAAAUACUGCCGUCAGCGGGUUUGGUUGCACAUGGCGCCGGAAAUGGAGGGGUGGACACAGGACGAUUGAAGUGAGAAUGAAGGGAUAGAUUGGGCGAGCCUCGAGGCUGAAGGUACAGUAGUCUGGUAGGAUAGACGCGGUUCUGAGCAUGUUCCACGAGUGUACGAUGGCUGUAUGU